GUCGGCAAGAUGGCGGCGCCGAGCUGGGCGGAGGCGGAGAGGCUGGAGUUCCUGAAGGAGCGGCACGUGCGCUUUUUCCAGCGCUGCCUGCAGGUGCUGCCCGAGCGGUACUCGUCUCUGGAGACCAGCAGGUUGACAAUUGCAUUUUUCGCGCUCUCUGGUCUGGAUAUGUUGGAUUCCUUAGAUGUGGUGAACAAAGAUGAUAUAAUAGAAUGGAUUUAUUCCCUUCAGGUCCUUCCCACAGAAGACAAAUCAAACUUGAAUCGCUGUGGAUUCAGAGGCUCUUCAUAUUUAGGGAUGCCGUUCAAUCCCUCCAAGGGCUCAGAUGUAUCUCAUCCUUAUGAUAGUGGGCACAUAGCAAUGACUUACACAGGUCUGUCGUGUCUGCUUAUUCUUGGAGAUGAUUUAAGCCGAGUAAAUAAAGAUGCCUUACUGGCAGGACUGAGAGCUCUCCAGCUAGAGGAUGGAAGUUUCUGUGCAGUGCUGGAAGGAAGUGAGAAUGAUAUGAGGUUUGUGUACUGUGCUUCCUGCAUCUGCUACAUGCUUGAUAACUGGUCAGGCAUGGAUAUGAAAAAAGCUAUAGACUAUAUUAGAAGAAGCAUGGUGAGUAUUCUUAGAAGUGUUCUUUCGUACAGAAUUUGGAAGUUACUAGCUCUGUUUUAAUAAGCUGCUAGAUGUGUGGUUUUGUUUUACUGCCAUAUGUCAUAACUGGCAAAUAGAUGGAGCAUAGUUCACAGACUUUUUCCAAUUCACACAUAUGCUUAUUUGGAUGAAGAAUAACAUGGCUGUUCAGAAUCUUCAUACAAAGUUUUUUAAUUCCUUAGAUUAUUUUUUUCACUAACUUAUUCUCUUUAGUGGUACAGUGUCAAAACUCUGAGAUGCAGUUCAGUACAGCUGAAGGUCACAGCAAUUCCAGAGGGUUGUGAUGAACAGCGCAGUCUGGUUGGAGACCUGUAGCUAGUGGAGUUCUUCAGGGGUCAGUGCUGGGCCCGGUCUUGUUUAAGAUCUUCCACGUUAAUGCAGUUCUGAUAACAGAGGAGAGAAAAAGAAAAAUCUAUUUUUAUCGUCAUUGGAACUGUCAGGCUUUAUUCACAUAAUCUCUAUUAGUUUGCUUCAGUUUUGGCUUUAAUGUUCAAAAGUCAGAUUUAUCACCAGUUCAAAAAGAAUGGAUAUUCAGAUGCUGAAAUUUUGAAUGACUUCAGCAAAAAUGGACUCUUAAAAUGCUCCAGUUCUUAAGGUUUCUUGUUUUACCUCAAAUUUGGUAGAGACAUUGAAAGAAUUUUUAUGUGUAACAUUUGGUCUUUCUUUUCUUACAUAAUAGUGUCAUCUGAAAAUGCAUGUGUAUAAAUCUGUAGAUAUAA